UUAUUUUCACCGGAGAGGGCAAUCCGGCUUUUAGAACAGACGGUCCGAUGAUUAUUUUUGCUGAAAUGGGCGGUCCGACAUUUGGAAUAGGCGGACCAACGAUUGGAAUGGGUGUUUGGAACAGGCAGUUCGGCGAUUGGAAUGGGCGAUCCGACAUUUCAUUGUGGCGGUUUGAGGAUUAUGCUAUUAGAGAAAUAGGCAGUCCGACGUUCUGAAGCACUUCGGCAUUUUGAAGAUGUCAUUGUGAGCAGUAUGGUGUUUUGAUAUAGCGGUCCUGCAGUUUGGAGAGACAUUUCGGCGCCCAUUUUGAAGUGAGCAGUCAGCAUUAUAGACGUACAGCAUGCGUUUCCUUUUAUUUUAUUGGGACCUGAAAAUGAUCUGUUACAUGAGGGACUUUUUUGUACAGGGUCUUUGCUAGAGAAGAUGAUGUUUUUGGGGAAUGGCUAGGAGAAGUUGGGUGGAGGUUAAAGUGCCUAAAAAGUCUACUUUAAGGCGCCUCUGCACUUUUCCUAAAAUCCUGCGUACGUGUCGAAACUCCCAUCGUAAACUCUAGAUAACAAACACCCUGCCUGAAGACCCAUCUCCCUCUCCUUCAAAAUACAAAAAAUGCUCAUCCCCCUCGGCGCCACUUCUCUCCGCCUCCGCCCCUCUCUCCACCGCCCCUCCCGUCUCUUUUGUGGCCGAAGCCCAUCAUUUUCUAGUGAAAACCUCCCAAUUUUCGUCCAAAAUCUUGGAACUUCCGGCCAAAACCCCUCAGUUUCUAGUCAGAUUGAAACUCCCUUCCAGAGUCCUCUGAUAUCCGGCCAAAACCUCUCAAUUUUCAGCCAGAGCCUCACGAUAUCCGACCAAGAGCUCGCCUCACGAGGCUUUAUUGUCCAUCACAACGCAGAAAACCUUGACCCAGACGACCUCAACUCUGUGUUCGUAAAAGUAGGGUUUCCUCGAAGACAGAAGGAGAAGAUCGUGAAAGCCUUAGAUAACACUCCCUCUCUCAUAUGGAUCGAAGACACGAGGUCGAAGAAGCUAGUGGCCUUUGCCAGAGCAACAGGAGAUGACAUUUUCAAUGCGAUUAUAUGGGACGUUGUCGUGGACCCAUCGUUUCAGGGCUUUGGUCUCGGAAAAGCGGUAAUGGAGAGGCUUCUGAAAGGCCUUUUGGAGAAGGGGAUUGUGAAUAUUGCAUUGUAUGCGGAGCCUGGGGUUUUAGGGUUUUACAGGCCGUUAGGGUUUGCCGCCGAUCCUGAUGGGAUUAGGGGGAUGGUGUACUCAAGGAGAAAGAAGAAGAAGCAGUGAGUGAAGAUGAGCAGGCUCUCUCUCUCUCGCUCUCCCUCCCUCUCUU